AUGUUCGGCUGGCCAAGCUGGAGGCAUGUUUUACUGCAGGGUUCCGGCCAAAAAAUCGGGGCGCGGCGAGUCGGAAGGCGUGGGGAGUCUGGGAGGUACACAUGCUGCGCAGUGAAAACGCUGGAGCAGUUCCGGGCCGUCGUGGUCGACCACCUCUCACAAGAUGACUCCAAGCUGAGAGUCGGAAGGCGUGGGGAGUCUGGGAGGUACACAUGCUGCGCAGUGAAAACGCUGGAGCAGUUCCGGGCCGUCGUGGUCGACCACCUCUCACAAGAUGACUCCAAGCUGAGGAACGUGGUCUUGCAGGCCGCCGCCGGCGCGAUGACGCCGGAGCCGGGGGAGACCGACGACCCCUCGCCGGUGGAACCCGCCCUCCAAGUGAGCAGCCCGGUGCGGCUGGCGCGGAAGGUGACGCACCGCGCCGGGGCCAUUGGCCUGCGGCGGCAGUGGCCGAAGAUGCCGCCGCGGUUCUUCGUGGCCGCCGACAGCACUGUCUGCGGCCUGGCCUUCGCCCAUGCGCGGCAAGGGCGGGUCAGCGUGGUCAAGGAGGCGCUGGUGGGGUCGGUGCACUUCGAAGGGAGAAUCUGCGAGGAGUUGCUGAGGCUGUCCUCCGACGGUGUCCUGCGAUGCUUCACGCCCUACGACUGCGAGAAGCCGCGGAUCAGUAUCCAAGCAGCGGAGAUACUGCAAGUCCAAGAAUUGCCGGGGCAAUUCCUGGGCCGUUUCCUUCUAUGGCAGGUGAGCACUUUCCUCAAGGUCUUCGUCUUCUGCUGUGCUGACAGCGAGGAGCGGGAGACCUGGAUCUCCAACCUGCAGCGGCUUAUGGCCACCGAGCAGAACACGGACGAGACGCGUCUACCUCUUGAGCAGUCGCCCCGAGAGGUUGCCACCCCGAAGACGCCAGCCACCUGGAGGAGCUCAAGAUCCAACCCGGUGGACGUCUUCAGCUUCUCCAACGCCAAGAAGGCCGCGGGCCGUGUGGCCGGCGGCGCCCGGAACGGGCUGCGCGCCAUCACAGGAGGCCAACGGGUGCCCAGCAAAGAGGCCAUGCUUUUGAUGGACUCCACUCGCGCAAGACGCUGGGGACAUCGACGCCGCCUCGUGCUCAACGAUCGGAUCCUCACGAGUGCGCCCAAGGAGCCCCUGGGCCCUGAGAUCGCUGCAUGUUUGUUGCAGAAGGCGCUGUCGCUGGGCGAUGCCCCAGCCGCCAGCGACGUCAUGAGCUUUUUGGAUGCCACCUGCCUCUUCAAGGCCAUCAGCUUCACGAAGUGGAGCGAGGCUGAUCAGCUGGCGUUCUGGGUGAACACCUACCACUGUAUCCUGUUGCAUGGCUUUCUGAUUUUUGGGACUCCGCAGACCAAGUCUGAGAUGAGCAACUUCCGGAACCGAGUGAGCUAUUUGCUGGGGAAUCGGCCCAUGAGUCUUCGGGAGAUUGAGGUGGCCAUACUCAAAGUGCCAAAGAUGGACCCUCAGGCGGCGCGCCAAGCGCGGGUCAGAGCCCGGCAACUGAUGGGCUUCUUCGGGCUCUGCUGGCGGAAGCCCCGCACGCGCAGCGACCGGAGCCCGGGCCCGGCGUCGCCCAUCAGCUGCCCCUCGGACUCCGAGCCCGCGGUGUGCCUGCCCAAGAUGCCGCUGCCCAAGGUGUCUUGGGCCACUGGCCCCAACCCUUGCCUCUACCUGGGUGGUCCCCCGGAGAGCUGGCUGCCGCCCAAGCAGGACCUCAGGGUUGUGAUGACCCUGAACCGGGGCACCCUGAGCUGCCUCAGCGGCAUCCCGGUACUGGACGGCGCUCUGCUCGAUGAGCAGCUUGACCAGAUCGCGCACCAGUUCGUCAGCACCUUUGUGGAGGUGCAGCUUCGCGACGGGGUUCCAGAUCGAGCAACCUUGCCGGUGGGCUGCCGGGCCAUUUUGCAAGAGUUCCGCGACGACGGGAAUCUUCUGCUGAGUUUCAUUUGGAAGUUCAUGUCCAAGGAGUCCCCGCCCUUGCCCGAGCGAAAGGUUCAGG